AUGGGUGUCAUCACAGUCAAAGACAUUGACUAUGGACAAAUUUUUGGCCCCUUCCCAACUCACCUGUCCGCCAUUGAUCCUGCCUAUCUCAUCGGUAUGUUGACCCGAGACAAAGCACCGGAGGGAGUAAUUCUAAAGGUGGAUGUGGACGAUACCGGGGAAGGGAUGAAAACAGCUGAUUGGCUACCCCGUGUGUCAGCAGCCAGGAACGAGCAAGAACAAAAUAUGGAGGCGUACCUGAAGUAUGGCAGAGUCUACUACAGAACUUUACGUAUAGUCAAAGGUGGGGAGCAGCUUCUCGUUUGGUACAGCAAAGAUUUGACCCAGAUGUUAGGCCUUCCCGAGCUACCGACCAGCUGCAUGCAAGAUGACCAACAGUACAGAUGCCCUCACUGUUCUGAGAUGUUUGACUUUCCCUUCCCUUUGAGAGCACAUCUCAAGUUCCAGUGUUCAUUCACGUCGGGCGUGGAUCUAGCACGCAUAAUCAGCAAAGAAUCUGAUACACUCAGCUAUCACAGUGUCUACUUCCAUGGCAAGACCAGCGGUGAAGAAUUUAAAGACGCUUUUCAGGGUAAAUCACAAUAUAUGCUAAACCUCAUGACCAAUAACACAAAACCUAAAGUGUCUUCAAAGAGACAAUCCAACAUUGAUGACACAGGCAAGAUUCCAAUCAAGAAAUACCUCACUGACAAUAUGAAAUCCAGAAAAGUCUCCUCUCUGUCUCAUUCCAUCGAUGGUCUUGUUGGAAAGCGAGCCAGUCAAUGUCAUUUUGAGAAUGGAUUGGAGUCACUUUCCGAUUCAGGAAGCGCUUUCAGGAAAGUUGAGAAGCCACACAACAUAAGCUCAAUCGACCAUAUUUCCUCUGGUACAUCGUUGCCGAGUUUUCCUACCAUCUCAAACACCGUAUCUUCUUCACUGAGAGCUUCUUCACCACAGACAGUAUUACCCACAUGCCUGUCUUCAGCUUUGCCUGAUCUUCGUUCGUUUGUAACUUCAGGAGCUCAUAUCCCACUGCUUGUAUCAUCUUUAAAAGACCAACCCUCAGUAUUGUCAUUUUCAUCGCAGCCUUGCUCAUCUUUAAAUCCACGUACAUCAAGAGAGACAUCUAUCGCUCAUUCUAAUCCUUCAUUGCCCGUAACGUCACGCAUGGGUAUCUACAUGCCUCAAAUCCCUUUAAUGUCACCUCCACCAUCAUUCAGUUUACACAGUUCAAGUCUCAUCCCAGCUGCAGGUUCCUCUGCACGGCGCUUACAAGUCCGUCAUUCAGCGUACGCAGAUCAGAUUCCCCCGGGACUCCUAGAAAUGUGCAGAGCAACAAUACCAACCGUCGGUCCACUGACCGAAUCUUUCGCUGCCAACAUAAGAAAUAACGACACAAUAGCCAAACAGGCACUGUUUGCGGACAGACACAUUUCUAGUCUGGCUUUCCUCAAAAGCUCCAACCCUAUGGUUGAGAAACUCCUUCAGUGUACAAACCCAACACUACUGACGUCUCCAGUCAACGCUCUCAACUUGUCACAAAACUGGUGUGCUAAAUGCAACGCUACUUUUAGAAUGACGUCCGACCUGGUCUAUCACAUGAGAUCUCAUCACAAACGAGAUUUUGACCCAAUAAAGCGAAAGCGAGAGGAGAAACUCAAAUGCGGGAUCUGUAACGAAACGUUCCGAGAAAGGCACCAUCUGACCAGACAUAUGUCUUCUCAUGCAUAG